AUGCGGUUGUCGUCCAUUCUAACCUUGGGUUGCGCCAUUACGGCAUUUGUCUUGUCUCUCCUUUGCCUGCUUGCCGGUACGAGCAAGUCCUUCCUACAAGAUGCCGAUUUGAUGACGCUCAAUAUCUCUCGAAUUGGUCACACAAGUCUAUUCAAUACCACUGAUGGUGAUGGUGGCUUGUUCGACAGUCUGGUCAAUGACAUCCAAGACGACAUCAACGAUCUUCUCAACGACGCGACUUCAGACAUUGCAGAGGCUUUGGACCUGCCCGAUUUCUUCAACGUGCAUUUGAUGAACUUCUGUCAGGGUUCUUACGCACCUAAUGCCACGGCAGAAGACCCUCACCAAAACAUCACCGAGUGCUCCAACUCCAGUCUGUCCUUCCAUUUUGAGCCGACGAAGACCGUUGAAGAACACCUUCCUGAUGGAAUCACAUUGGAAGAUAUACAUUGGCCAGAUGAGAUUCGAGACGCGGAGAACGCAGUCAAAGUGGCCAGUAUGGCGACGAUUGUCUUCUAUAUCAUCGGCACGGCAUGUGCUGGUAUUGGAAUGUUUACGGCAGUUUGGGGAGUUCUCAACGAAAGACGCUUGACGGCUUUGAUCAAUGUCGGGAUCGACGUGCUGGCUUUCCUUGCAAUUGGAAUAGGAUCUGCCAUUUCUACAGCAAUCGUGGUAAAAGCCGUGGAUGCCAUCAACAAAUAUGGGGAUGAUAUUGGAAUUGCGGCGGAGAUGGGAGACAAAUUCCUGGGGAUGACUUGGGCAGCAACAGGUCUUAUGCUUCUGGCAGCCACUGUAUCUCUGGUACAGUUUUGUGCAGGACGACGGAGAAGCCAGCAAUAUGGCGAGAAAGGAGGGUAUUGA